CUGCGUCGGAUGACGCGCAGUGUGGGAGCUGAGAGGAAGCCCCAUGACGGUCUGGGGUAACGGCGUGAGACGGUCUGAGGAUCAGACCGGCACCCUGAGCCAGGGAUGGACAGCUGCGGUAACCAGGAGGAGCCGCAGAGUGGGCUCCCAUCCCCAUGUCCCAGGAACCCUCUCCUCCCUCCUGACUCCCACAUGGAUGUGCAGGGCUUCAGGCGUGUAUGCUGGCGUGUGUGGCUGUGUCGUCUGGGAGCUGUGCUGUCUGCGGGUCUCCUCCUGGUUUUAUUUCAUUGGCGCCCACGGCUCGCUGUCCUUGCCCGCUGCUGUUCCUGCCCUCCAGCCUUGGCAGAUGUCCUGCUGCUAAGAGAUCAUUUUGGCCAGCAGCAUGUUGUGGAGGUUCUCACAGAGGAGAUGGAGGAGGGCAGCAUGAACCUGUUGGAAGACGUGGGUGAGACCGAAUGGAGGGAUACGGUCAAACUAAACACAGAGCAGAAAACACUGCUGCGAUACUUCCUGUUUGAGGGGUUGCGCUACAUCUGGCUGGCCAGAAGAGGAGCCUUCUGUCAUGCUAGUGUCCUGAAUGAAGACUGGACCUGUAAUGAUCUGCACGCCUUCCAAAAGGGCCUUAGUCCCCUUGAGCAAAGUACAAGGAAGCUGGUGUAUGGGCCCAACCUUAUUGAUGUGCCUGUGAAGUCUUACACACGACUGCUGUUUGAGGAGGUUCUCAACCCAUUUUACAUGUUCCAAGUAUUCAGCAUUACCUUGUGGAUGACUGAUAGAUAUUAUUAUUAUGCGUCCUGCAUUAUCCUCAUCUCGCUGUUAUCUAUCGGCAUCUCUCUGUAUGAGACCCGCAAGCAAAGCACUACUCUCCGCAGCAUGGCUCAGCUCAUCACUAACGUCACUGUGUGCAGAAGCUCAGGAGAGGAGGAGUGUGUGAGUUCAGUGGAGCUGGUCCCAGGCGAUUGUCUGGUCAUCCCUCCGGAGGGCCUGCUGCUGCCCUGUGACGCCGCCUUGCUGGCCGGGGAUUGCAUGGUCAACGAAAGCAUGCUGACAGGUGAAAGUGUCCCGGUUCUGAAAACCCCUCUGCCAGCAGGUGAGGGGAAGUACAGCUCUGAAACUCAGCGCAGACACACCCUGUUCUGUGGCACACAGAUCCUCCAGGCCAAAGGAGAGGGGCCGGGUGGAAGAGGAGCCAUUGCUGUGGUCGCAAGCACAGGGUUCUUCACAGCCAAAGGUGACCUGGUCAGCUCCAUUCUCUACCCUCAGCCCACCAACUUCCGCUUCUACCAGGACGCCACCAAGUUCCUGCUCUUCCUGGGCGGUAUAGCUCUGAUUGGAACUAUUUACAGCCUUGUGAUCCUCAGCAGAUCCAACAUAACAAUAAUGGAGUUGGUGAUAAGGGCCCUGGAUAUAGUGACUAUCGUGGUGCCCCCUGCCCUGCCUGCUGCCAUCACCACUGGCUCUAUCUAUGCCCAGCGCCGUCUGAAGAGCAAGGGGGUCUUCUGCAUCAGUCCACCACGCAUCAACAUCUGUGGCAAAGUCUCAGUCUUCUGCUUCGACAAGACAGGAACCCUGACAGAGGAGGGAUUGGAUGUGUGGGGAGUGAUGGAAGGUGGACAGGCUGGAUUUUCAGAGCUGGUCCCAGAUCCGAGACUCCUGCCCCCAGGUCCCAUGCUCUCUGCACUGGCUUGCUGCCACACAGUGGCCCUGCUGGGUGGACAGCCCCUAGGAGACCCUCUGGAGCUCAAGAUGAUCGAAUCCACCGGUUGGGAGCUAAAAGAGCCAGAGGGAGAUCGAAAGGUGGUCGACUCAGCAUUCGGAGGUCACAGAGUUUUGGCCGUCAUGACAUCGCCUGCACAGCAGCCUGAAGCUGAUGGUAAUUCUGCUUGUGAGUCAGUGGCGAUUCUUCAGCGCUUCCCCUUCUCCUCAUCCCUGCAGAGGAUGAGUGUGGUCACCGUGGCCCCUGGGGGACGUCGAGCCCUCGCUUUCAUGAAAGGGGCUCCAGAGAUGGUGGCUAGCCUCUGCCUCAGAGAAACUGUACCUGCAGAGUUUUCUGGUAUACUGCGUGACUUUGCAAGUGAUGGCUUCAGGGUGCUUGCACUCGGCUUCAAACCUCUGAAUGAGAAGACUGACUUGCAGGCUCUUAAACGAGGCGCAGUAGAGAAAGAGAUGCAGUUCUUGGGCCUGUUGGUGAUGAAAAACCAGGUGAAGCCAGAAAGUGCCGAUGUUAUCAACACCCUGAGCCUGGCAAACCUUCGCACUGUCAUGGUCACAGGGGACAACAUUUUAACUGCAGUCAAUGUUGCAAGAAGCUGUGGGAUGGUGGGGUCCAGCGAGCAGGUGAUAUUUGUACAUGCCACCCCUCAUACUUCCCAGUCCAUGCCCAAACUGAGAUUCCACCUGGGAGAAGGAGCGGGUUCCACAUCAGAAGGCUCCAUGGAGGUCCUCACUCAGGGUUUGUACCAGAGUGGUACCAGCUAUCACUUAGCUGUCAACGGCAAGUCUUUCUCCGCCCUCUGUGACCAUUUUCCUGAAUAUCUUUCAAAAGUGUUGAUGCGAGCCACAGUAUUUGCACGCAUGGCCCCUGAGCAGAAGACCCAGCUGGUGAAGGAGCUUCAGAAACUGAACUACCGUGUGGGGAUGUGUGGGGAUGGAGCCAACGACUGUGGGGCCCUGAGGGCCGCUGAUGUGGGGGUGUCGCUGUCUGAAGCCGAGGCCUCCGUAGCCUCCCCUUUCACCUCCAAGUCAGACAACAUCAGCUGUGUACCGCUGCUCAUUAGAGAAGGCAGGUGCUCUCUGGUCACCUCCUUCAGUCUCUUCAGAUACAUGGCCCUGUACAGCCUCAUCCAGUUCAGCUCUGUCCUCAUUCUCUACACAGUGAAGACCAAUCUGGGAGACCUACAGUUCCUUUACUUCGAUUUGGUCCUCGUAACACUCUUGGCGAUUGUGAUGGGGAAAGGGGGCCCCAGCACGGAGCUCCAUCCCCGCAGACCCCCGGCCAGCCUGCUGGCCUUGCCUGUCCUGGGGAGCCUGUUCCUGCACACCUCCAUGAUCAUCCUGGGCCAAGUGGCUGCUCUCUUCAUCACCAUGUCACAAGACUGGUAUUUUCCACUAAACUCAACGCAGUCUGGAGCGGCUAAUCUGCCCAACCUGGAGGACACGUGUGUGUUCGCCCUGUCUGGCUACCAGUACAUCAUCAUGGCCGUGGUGGUCACCAAAGGCUACCCUUACAAAAAACCUCUGUACCACAACGUGCUGUUUGUCUGUAUCCUCUUGGUGGUGUUUGCUCUGAUGAGUUGGCUGGUCCUGUAUCCCGGUCCGGCCCUCAUUCGACUGUUACAACUGUAUGACAUCUCCGAUAUGAACUUCAAAAUGCUGCUGGUUGCCCUGGCGGCCCUGAACUUCCUGAUCUGCUUCUUCCUGGAGCUGCUGAUUGACCUCGGCAUGCUCAACUGUCUUCGCUCGCUUUGUGGGAAUCGGCCUUCAAAGAAGCAGUACAAGCGCCUUGACCUCCUUUUGUCUGACUCUCCGUCGUGGCCACCCCUGAACCAACCGCUCUCCUCGACACAAUACACAGUUAUUGGUGUGAGCUAGCGUCUGCCUCCCUGAUGUUGGACAGUGCUUCUUAUUUUCUCCUGCAGCCAAAGAGCCAUGGAUGGUCUGAGCCACAACUAGUUUCACCCAAGCAAUACAGAUAGUCAGCAGCACCACACUGUUUCGGUAUAUCAGCCAACAGGUCAUGAAAACAUUCAAACUGUCCAAUGUUUUUAAUAAAUACUG